UGCAUACACUUACUAUUCAUAUACAAUCAUUAAUUUUUAUAUUGUGAGAGAGGGAGACGCAUAUGUGUGAAGUUGAAGUUGUUCGUUCUUAAGUAUAUCAGUUCAUUUUCGAUUUUCGGUUUGAAAUGUUGUCUGAAUACGGAUUCUAAUAACAUACAUACUUGUUUACAUUUAUAUUGAUAGCAAGCAGAAGUUUAUAUAUUUAUGUAUAUAUAUAGCUUGUAAUGCGGCAAUCCGUUCUUUCCGUGCUUUGUGAUUAGUUAAACAGUAUGCCAUAUUAUCAAAAUAUAUAAGAUAUCAAAAUGAACAACAACAACAACAACAACAACAAUAUUAACUCUAUGGACAACACAUGCGAUCAAGAUUAUACGGAAUUUCUCAAUGAAUAUCUGUUGCACACAAAUUUAACAUGCAACGAACCGGAAAUACAUUAUGAAGAUGGAGAAAUGGAAGCAGAGUGGCUAAUUUCAGCUGGAUAUCCAGAAUUGACACGGCCUUUUGAACAGGGUAUUGAGCUACGCUCGACAGAUCUUGAGCCUGUGUUAGCCACACUUUCAAAACCACAUGCUGAGGCGAUUAAGCAACGUGUGCGAGCAUUGAAUCAUACUGUUAGAGGACGCAGUAAAAACCGAUCAAAACGUAAACCUGACAUACGUGAUGUCUUUCGCGAUUUUGACGAGUCCAGUACCGGAACUCGAUCCCGAAGUGCCACACCAGACUCUUUAGAUUCCGUACACGGAGACGAUGUUUGGGGCAAUGCCUCAAUUCCAAGUUUUGCAAGCAUUUCUGACCACAGUACUACAAACUAUAAUGCCAGUGGAUUUCCUUCGGUGAACAAGCACUUAAAGCAGAAAAUUCGGAGAACUCCAAGUGCUCCAUUAAAAUGUUCCACGUCGACGGACUUAUUUCGCGGUUCGCAAGUACGUUGCGAUAUACCUAUGUACACAUCAGAAGGUAUUGAGUUGCUGGGAUUUUCGCGUAUUGGCACGCUACAUAUACCACGUAAUCGUUCUGGUUCGGAUCCAUCGUGUUCUAUUGGACGAGUUUGUGGACAAAACAUACCGGAUUCACUGAGUGAAAACAAUACUUCAUCUGGUGAUUCCAGCGACGAGUUUCUUCCAAGCACGGCGCCUAUGUCGUCGACGUUGUCGCCACCUGAGAAGAUACUAACCAAAAUUAACCUGGAUUCUACUCAGCAGAAAUUGCAAAACUCUCCGUCACCAAGAGACGGCAUCAGCUUUGAAAAUAUGUGCCGAGAAAGUUCUAGUCAGGAUGGUAUUGACACCGUAGACAGCAACAGCGUAAUCUUACAAGAAUACACCUCCGACAUUAGUACAAUCAAUGAAACGGAGCUGAAACGUUUGCAGCCAAUAUUUUGGCUGGAACUAGCCACAGUCUUUGAUCGCAAUCAGGUUUCGCUAGACAAACGAAAACCCUUCAAAAGACGUCGCAAGGAGGAGGGCAGCCUGUUUGGUGUUUCGUUAAAUGCACUUAUACGGCGUGACCAGCAAAUAUCCGGUAUGGACUCAACAUUAGUGCCCCAAUUUCUAGAGGGUCUACUUGAAGAGCUGAUAAAACGAGGGGCAAGAGAGGAGGGUAUUUUGCGUGUGGCUGGACAAAAACAUAAGACUGAAUUAAUUUACAAUGAAUUAGAAUCAAGUUUUUAUCAAAAGCCAGAAAAAUUCGCACAGUUGCUUAGCAGUGCAAGCGUACAUGAACUAAGUGCAUUGCUUAAGCGUUGGUUACGCGAACUACCCCAGCCAUUGCUUACUAGCGAACUUAUACAACUUUUCUAUCAAUGUCACACAUUACCCCCAACGGACCAAAUACGUGCAUUGUCUAUUUUAUGCCAGAUGCUUCCACACGAAAACCGCAACACUCUCCGUUCCAUUUUACGCUUUCUCAACAUAAUUAUUGAUUUGAAAGAUAUCAAUAAGAUGAAUUUACAUAAUGUAUCCACGAUAAUUGCGCCAUCAUUUUUUCCUCCACGUUAUAUACAUCCGAUGGAUAAGAAUUGCAUUGAAGAGCAAGUUAAAAUGGCCGCAUUAUGCUGUCGCUUAACGAACGUUCUGAUUACACGGGGCGAGAGCUUAUUUCAGGUUUCUGAUAAUCUCAUUGCGGAGUCACGUAACCAAAAAGUUCGACAGGGUAAACGUGGACAUCGGCGGGCAGUUAAGACUCCCUUAGCCCACGCGAGAGCGACGCCAGGUCCAACUACUGAAAUUGAUAUUUCUAGAAAUAGUACGAGCGAGGGUCACCGCCCAACCUUUAAUCCAAGUCAUGUUCAUCGUUUCGUGGUCUAAGCUGGAUAGGUCACCGCGUGCUACGUCUGUUUCAAGUUUUUUUCUACAUUUAAUUUUGAAUAUACUAAUGGAAGUAUGUUAGCUUACAUUAGUUCUAAUACACAAAUUUCUUCAGAAAGGACAAUUUUAUUUUGAAUACCACAAGAAUUUUCAGUAUCUAUGAAUUGAAUACUAAAAUUAUUACUUUUUUA